AAGAUAAACGUUCAAGAGUUAGUCUAUGGAUGGAAAUAGCCGUAAAAAUGAAAUUAUAUACAAUAACAGAACGGUAAUAUCUGCCACUUCUGCUAGCCUUAUCUCUACACUAGCGGGAUAUCCCCUAGAUAGUAUUAAAUCCAGACUACAAACUGAUAGAUCUCACCGCUCCAUUGUCGGUUGCGCUAAAGCUGUAUGGAGACAGGAAGGUAUACGAGGUUUCUUUAGAGGCGUAUGGAUACCUUUAUGGUCUAUAUCGGCUGUUAGAGCCACUUCUUUUAGUAUUUAUACCAAAUCGAGGGAUACACUAGAGAAAAAGACAUCAAUUACACAAAAAACCCUUCCAGAGACAGCCAUUUUAGGUUUGUUUUCAGGUUUACCCGCUGGUUUCAUCAUCAGUAUGGCAUCGGCACCAUUCGAAUUGAUUAAAAUAAACAGACAAUUGGAGUUUCAGAUCUCUCUAAAUAGAGGUCUAGUUUAUAAGGAUUUGGGUACUAUCGGUACAGGAAAGGAUAUCAUACGUAAACAAGGUUCAGUACGUGGUUUGUACACUGGAUUGAGGUUGCAUAUGAUGAGGGAUAGCUUUGGAACAGGUUUAUACUUUUGCAUUUAUGAUAGUUUAAAGUACAUCACGAGAACUGAUCCAAAUCACAAAUUCAAUGCACUACCACCACAAUUUUCUGCAUUCUUUGGUGGUGCACUCGCUGGAAUUGGUAGUUGGUUCUUAGUUUAUCCAGUAGACGUUGUCAAAAUUGUCGUACAACAGAGAAUGUUAUCAGAAUUAUCACCAAAAUCGCCUAAAGAGAUAUUGUUACACCUCGUUAGAGGAAGUAAUCCGGAUUUACCACCUCGGCCACUACUUAUCGGUAUCGGAAAACUGUAUAGAGGCUUGGGUGUCUCUGCAUCGAGGUCUACACUCGCGCAUGGUCUUAUGUGGGCACUUUAUGAGUCCAUGAUGGGCAGAAUAGAGGAGCAACAUGGACAAACUAAGGAGUUAUCGACAGUAAGAUUGGUUUAGCCCCCAUUUUAUAGAUAAAUAGAAUGUAAAUUAUAGAUAAUACGAUAAUAUGAUAAUAUUCCCC